AUGACUGUAUCCAAAAAAGAUAGUGGUAAAACUUCCCCGGGCAAUAUCGUUGUUGUUUCCAACAGAUUGCCCGUAACGAUCAGUAAAAAUGCUAUGGGUAAGUAUGAAUACAAAUUUUCCAGUGGUGGUCUUGUUACUGCAUUACAAGGGUUGAAAAAGACUUCUACUUUCCAGUGGUAUGGUUGGCCAGGUCUUGAAAUUCCUGAUGACGAAAAACCUGUUGUCAAGAAAGACUUACUUGAAAAAUUCAAUGCAAUCCCAAUUUUCUUAUCAGAUGAAAUUGCAGAUUUGCACUAUAAUGGAUUUAGUAACUCGAUUUUAUGGCCACUUUUCCACUACCAUCCGGGUGAGAUUAAUUUCGAUGAAAAUGCGUGGUUAGCCUACAACGAAGCAAAUGCUACAUUUGCAAGUGAAAUCUGUGGUAAUCUACAAGAUAAUGAUCUGGUUUGGGUCCAUGAUUAUCAUUUGAUGCUUUUGCCUGAGAUGCUAAGUGCUCACAUUCAAAGGAAAGGUUUGAAAAACAUUAAAUUGGGAUGGUUUUUGCAUACACCUUUCCCCUCAAGUGAAAUUUACAGAAUUCUGCCUGUGAGACAAGAGAUUUUAAACGGUGUGUUGAGUUGUGAUUUAAUUGGAUUCCACACUUACGAUUACGCAAGACAUUUCUUAUCAUCGAUUCAAAGAUGUUUAAACGUUAACACUUUGCCUAAUGGGGUGGAGUACCAGGGGAGGUUCGUCAACGUGGGGGCUUUCCCCAUUGGUAUUGACGUGGAUACUUUUAAGGAAGGUUUACAAAAGGAGAAUGUCAAACAGAGGAUUAGGACUUUACAAGAGAGAUUCAAAGGUUGUAAAAUUAUGGUUGGUGUCGAUAGAUUGGAUUAUAUCAAGGGGGUUCCUCAAAAAUUACAUGCAAUGGAGGUUUUCCUUAACGAACAUCCCGAAUGGAUCGGUAAGGUUGUUCUAGUGCAAUUGGCAAUCCCCAGUAGAGGUGAUGUGGAAGAAUAUCAAUAUUUACGUUCGGUGGUUAACGAAUUAGUGGGACGUAUUAAUGGUCAGUUUGGUACAAUUGAGUUUGUCCCAAUUCAUUUUAUGCACAAAUCGAUUCCUUUCGAAGAAUUGAUUUCGUUAUAUGCGGUCAGUGAUGCUUGUAUCGUCUCAUCAACUCGUGAUGGUAUGAACUUAGUCUCCUACGAGUACAUCGCUUGUCAGGAAGAGAAGAAAGGCUCCCUCAUAUUGAGUGAAUUUACGGGUGCUGCGCAGUCAUUAAACGGUGCUCUCAUAGUGAACCCCUGGAACACAGAUGAACUUUCAGAUUCGAUUAAUGAGGCUCUAACGCUCCCUGAUGAAAAGAAGGACUCAAACUGGGAAAAACUCUACAAGUACAUCUCCAAAUACACUUCUGCCUACUGGGGGGAAAAUUUCGUUCACGAAUUAAACGCUACCGGUACCAUCAAGACAGGUCAAUAG